CCUCAUCCGUACGUCAGAACCCCCCUCUCAAACCAAUUGGAAGAUGAGAAAACACACCACUGACCCGAGAGAACAGGCCGCAUGAUGAGGGCGAUCGCAGGCCAACGCCUCGUCAUCGAGACAGACCUCGACACCUACGCCCGCACACCCUGGGCCCAGGCCCUCGGCGAGGACGCACCGCUGCCGGCCAUGUACGGCGGCUUCUACGGCGAGCUGACGAACCCCAUGUUCCGCUCGCUGCCGUACUACCUCAAGCAGAACGGGUACCGGAACCCGACGGACAAGAACGACUGCAACUUCCAACACUGGCGGGGACCCGAGGCCGUCUUCUUCAAGUAUGUCGGCACGAACCCGCUUCUCACUUCGGAUUUCAACGACGUGAUGGAGUGCCAUUCGCGGGAUAAUCUCACGGCGUGGACGGAGGUGUAUCCCACGGAGAAGAUUAUUGACGGAGCGAUCCCGGAGAGGCCGUUGGUCGUCGAUAUCGGUGGCGGAAAGGGUCACGAUUUGAGGAAAUUCCACGUCCGGCAUCCGCAGGUUCCCGCGCGGCAUCUCAUCCUGCAGGACCUGCCCGAUUUCCUGAAGGACAUCAAAUCCGAUUCCGCCUUCACGAUCCAGGCCCACGACUUCUUCACGCCGCAGCCGCUGCGCGGGGCGAGGGCGUACUUUCUGCACAAUGUCCUGCACGACUGGCCCGACGCCACGGCGGUGGAUAUCCUGAACAAUAUUGCGGGCGCCAUGGAGAGGGGGUACUCGAGGCUGCUGAUUCACGAAAGCUUGAUCAGCGAGCGGGCGCCGCUUUCCAAGGUGACGGCGACGGAUAUGAUUAUGAUGGCGGGGUUGGCGUCGGCGGAGAGGACGGAGGAGCAAUGGCGGGAGUUGAUUGCGGCGGCGGGGUUGCGGGUUGUAAAGAUUUGGAGGCCGGUGCAGGCGGUUGAGAGUAUUAUCGAGACGGAGUUGGCUUGAUGAAUGAUGGUACGCGCUCGGAGUUUCUGGUUUGCAGUGGGAGGAGGGCUUCUUGUUUGAUGUAUCUGUAUGGUUUAGCAAGCGUAUGGGAGGUAGGUCUCUGGUAGAAUCGAUGUUAUACUUGGUCGAAUGAAGUAGCGCUCAAUUUCCUGCGCAUCUUGAGGUCGAGUUCAGCGAUUCGAGAGUCUUUGAGGCGUAAAUGACCACCGUGAUACUAGACACUGCUACUCGAC